UGCCAGAAGCUCCGAGAGGUUUUUAACUUAGAUUACCCUCACAGCACCUUCCUGCUUAAGACUCUGACUAUUGUGUCUGGCCCUGACAUGGUGGACCUCACUUUCCAUAACUUUGUGUCCUAUAAGGAGAAUGUUGGCAAGAGCUGGGCUGAGGAUAUUAUGGCCAUCGUUCGGAAUCCCCUCACAUACAACGCUUCUCGGUAUACCUUCCUAGAGAAAAUCCUGGUGAAGCUGAAGAUGCAGCUUAAUGCAGAGGGAAAGAUUCCUGUCAGGAAUAUUUUUCAGAUGUUUCCUGCAGACAGGAAGAGGGUGGAAGGAGCAUUAAGCGCUUGUCAUCUUCCAAAGGGCAAGAAUGAUGCCAUCAACCCAGAGGACUUCCCUGAGACUGUGUAUAAAACUUUCCUCAUGAAUCUGUGUCCACGACCUGAGAUUGAUGAGAUAUUUACCUCACAUCAUUUAAAAGCAAAGCCCUACAUGACCAAGGAGCACUUGGCAAAGUUUAUCAACAAGAAGCAGCGAGACUCCCGCCUCAAUGACAUCCUUUUCCCACCAGCCAAACCUGAGCAGGUGCAAAGCCUGAUAGAGAAGUAUGAGCCCAGCGGGAUUAACAUCCAGAGAGGGCAGUUGUCUCCAGAGGGGAUGGUCUGGUUUCUCUGUGGCCCUGAGAACAACGUGAUAGCACUGGACAAAUUGAUGCUGUACCAAGACAUGACCCAGCCACUCUCACACUACUUCAUCAAUUCAUCACACAACACAUAUUUAACAGCUGGUCAGUUUUCUGGUAUCUCGUCUCCUGAAAUGUAUCGCCAGACACUGCUGGCUGGCUGCCGCUGCGUGGAGCUGGAUUGCUGGAAGGGCCGUCCUCCGGAUGAGGAGCCCAUCAUCACUCACGGCUUCACCAUGACAACUGAGAUCCUCUUCAAGGAUGCCAUUGAGGCCAUUGCAGAAAGUGCUUUUAAAACAUCUCUCUACCCUGUCAUCCUGUCCUUCGAGAACCACGUGGACUCGCCCAAGCAGCAGGCAAAGAUGGCUGAGUAUUGCAGAACUAUAUUUGGAGAUAUGCUGCUGACAGAGCCACUGGAAAAAUACCCACUGAAGCCAGGAGUUCCUUUGCCAAGUCCUAAGGAUCUGUUAGGGAAAAUCUUGAUUAAGAACAAAAAGAACCAAUCUGUAUCUGGGAAGAGGCAGAACUCUUUGAAGAAAGGGAGGAAUGUGGAACCAGAUAUCAUCGAGCAGCCAGCCCCUGUGGAUGCUGAAGAUACUGUCUGGGCAGGUGAUGUGGCAGAAGAGGAACCAGAAGAAGAGGAUGAACAUCUUGGAAACCUGGAUGAAGAGGAAAUUAAAAAGAUGCAGUCAGAUGAGGGCACUGCAGGUUUGGAAGUGACAGCAUACGAGGAAAUGUCCAGCCUAGUUAAUUACAUACAGCCUAUCAAAUUUGACUCCUUCGAAGUCUCUGCUGAGAAGAACCGGAGUUACGUCAUCUCUUCCUUCACAGAGCUGAAGGCUUGUGAUCUGCUGACCAAGUUCCCUGUGCAGUUUGUAGAAUAUAACAAGCGACAGAUGAGCCGGAUUUACCCCAAAGGCACCCGGAUGGACUCCUCUAAUUACAUGCCCCAGAUGUUCUGGAACGUCGGCUGUCAGAUGGUGGCACUCAACUUCCAGACCAUGG